AUGCCCCAACUCCACCCCUACAAAGCAGCAAUCCUCCUCUACCCAGGCGUCGACAUCCUCGACUUCGCCAGCCCCCUUGAAAUCCUCUCCCACGUAAACAACACAACCCCCACCCCCCAAAUCACCCUCAAAACAAUCGCCCGCACCACCAUCACCGCCGGCACUACAACCCUCACCAUAACCCCCGACCUCCUACUCGACGACGCCCUCCCCACCCUUCAAGAUUACGACAUCCUAAUCGUCCCCGGCGCAGGACCCCCCGUCACCGAUGCCCUCUUAGCCCAGGACCCCAUUGCCCCAGAAAUCGACCUCGUCCGCCGCUUCGCCGCCCUCCCGCCCAAGGAUGGGGCGAGGGUUCCCCGGACGCUGUUCUCCGUGUGCACGGGCGCGCUGCUGCUGGGUAAGGCGGGAGUGUUGAAGGGUGUUACUGUCACGACGCAUUAUACUGCGUUGGAGGAGUUGAGGGGGGUUUGUAGGGGGGCGAAUGGGGAGGGGGCUGUGGAGCCGGUGGUUGUACAUAGGCUUUAUGUUGAUGGGGGGUUGAUUGGGGAGGAUCGGAAUGUGAGGUUGAUUACGGCGGGGGGGAUUACUAGUGGGCUUGAGGCGAGCUUCUUUCUUGUAAAGGAGGUUUUUGGGGAGGGGGUUCGGGAUGAGGUGUGUCAGGUUAUGGAGUAUAGGUUGCGGGUGUAG